AUGCUGCAUAGCCGUGUGAAGCCUAUCGUCGAUGCUGAAAUUUUCCAUGCCCUCUUCACUUUACUGAAGAAAUCGUGCGACGAUACAGACCUCUUGACUAUACGUGUGAUAAGCUUACUGACCAAAAUGCUGACAUCGCCAGGAAAGUAUAAGAUAAAUCCUGCUGACCUGGAAAUGGAUUUCGUGGUGGAAAUGAUGCGCGCGACACACAGUCACCAUGUUCUCCGAGAAUCCCUUCGAUUGCUUACAGCCGCUGUACGCUUGUCACCU